AUGCCCAAGGUUAAGGAGACAAGGGUCGCCCUGAAGGGUCAGGCUGCUUUGAAUGCCCCCAAGAUGUCCGAUACCUUGCGCAAGGCACCUCCACACUCCGAAGAAGUACAAAAUGUCAGCGACAGCAAUGAAUCCAACAGCGACAGCAGCAGUGGUCACAGCAGCGGCAGCGAGAGCGAUGCAGAGAAGCGCAAGAACACCAAGAAGCCCAAGCCAAGCAAGGUCAAAGAGACGGAACCCAACAGCCCUCCAGUUCCCGAUGACAGCAGCGACGAGGAAUCAGACUCAGACGCCAACUUGGACGCUGCCGUCGCAAAGGCAAACGCACAGAAGAAAGCUCCUGCUGCUGUGACGGCCAAUGGUGCAGCAAUAAAGACGUCCAAGGCGACCAAGUCAUCGAAGAGCUCGGAGAAGGUAUCGGAAUCAGACGACAGUAGCGACGAGGAAGAGAGCGAUAGCGAUGUCGAGAUGGCCGAGGCUGAGAAGCCUGCUGCACCCGCUAGAGCCGCUGGCCAAGCUGCCGCCUCCGAGACAACAGCAGCAGCUGUCGUUCCUCCCCAGCCUUUUGUUCCUCCGCCGGGUUACAAGGCACUUAACACAAAGUCUGCCCUUGCAAAGACAGUCAACUCCCUCUUCGACCCUUCUACCAUCUCCUCGAAACAGAUCUGGCAUAUCACCGCUCCUUCAUCUGUCCCGCUAUCUCAAAUCAAGUCCGUGUCGCUCUCCGCCAUUCAAUCUCACCAAACCAUUCUUUCGCACGACGGAACCGACUACAACUUGGCUGAGGAACCCACCAACAACGCCCGCGUUUUGCUACCCUCAUCAAAGUCGGACGCAUACACCGCCGUCGAGGUCCCUGUUUCAAAGACUCUUCACCUGCAACAAACCAUCCGCCUUCCCAACCUCUCUGCUUAUCAAACCGAUCCCAACACCGGCUCAAAUGCCGCAGCAAGUCUAAAAACCACUACCAUCAGUGCACCUCGUCCUCAACCCAAAGGCAUGAGAAUGAGAUACAAGCCUCCAGGUUUCGGUGACGAGGAUCCUGGUCUCAUUGGUUCCUCCGAGGACGAAAGCGACGCUAACGCCAAGCAAGUCGAGAAAUCUGCAAAGGAAGCCCGCAGCAAGCGCAAGCGUGAUGAGAAGGAGGCAGAAACGCCCAAAGAGAAAAAGAGGUUCCGAAAGGCAGCAGAGGCAGCCGAGAAAUUGGUUGAGGGCACUCUGGAUGAGGCUCCUGAGACGGCGGAGGAAAAGGCUAGAAAGAAGGCUGAAAAGAAGGACAAGAAGAAGAAGGAUAAGAAAUAG